AUGAGAUCAGAUAAAGAGUUACCGGAAGCGCAAGGACAGAGUGAUUCCGCCUGCAGCUUCGUGCUCGGGCUUAGAUCGUAUCACAAGUCGAGGCAAUCGCGAUCGGCAGGUGGGGCCCAACUGGGCUGGAUUACACCUUCCAUCUCCCUUGCUUCCUGCCAACGUCUUCCCAGUUCUCCAGGUCUGGUCCUCCUGGUCUCUCCGGUCGGGAAGCUCUUCAUCUGCCCACUCUUGAUGACGGUCCAGGCGUGGAAUCGGUUCAGCGUUCCGAUGGAGAGUCUACGGGCAUGGACCUCGGCUGAAGCUCUGUCCAGGAUAUUCUGGCACCUCUUCCGGAUUACAGCUGCAUUUGCCCUGCUUUUUGCGGACAGCACUAUUCUGCUGGGGGCAUUAUUGAUCACUCGACUACGAUCGAGAAAUUAUCGGCGCCAAGCAGCAACUUUUCGAGAUGUGCACUUCUACCCCAAGACGGUGUUGAUCACGGGAAUCGGCGCCCCGCAUGCUCUUGCAUUGGCACGAGCGUGGGCCGCUGAGGGCCACCGAGUGGUAGGCGCGGAUGUAGCCGACCUGGACAUUCCCAUCAGAUCGGGCGGAAGCAUGUCAAACACUCUCGUUGCAUUUUAUAGAGUGCCCAAGGAUCACUACAUCUCCAGAAUCCUGGAUAUUGUCCAGCGCGAGAAGAUCGACAUCUGGAUCCCUUGUUCGCCUAAAGCAACUGCGAUCGAAGAUGGCCUUGCUCGACAGGUCAUCGAGAGUCGGACAAGCUGCCGCUGUAUAGCGUUUGAAAGAGAACUCACCGCGUGCUUCGAGGACCCGGUCUCGUUCCGGGAGUACUUGACACAGAAAAGCCUCCCGGUGGUGGAGUCUCAUCAAGUCCAAUCCCGUGACUCCAUUCACAAGAUCUUGAAUCGGUCGCCGACAAAAUCUUAUCGCAUGCUUCGCUGUAGGCCCGGCUCCAGCGUGAAUGAUGUGCCGGUGAUUUUACCUAAGCGGACUCCGAGCAAGACAUACUCUGAGGUGAGCGAGAUCCAAAUCUCCAAAGACUUCCCGUGGAUUCUUCAGCAGCAGGCUCGGCUUGGAGAGUUCUUUGCCGAUAUCUUGUUUGUUAGAGGUCAUGUCCACGCUAUCAAAGUCCGUCUCUCCGAGGCUCGCUUGCCGCACUGGGGCGCGUCGCGACUCGAUGAGGCAAUGGCUACGGCCAUCCAUCGACUUAUGCAAGCAUUCGCUGAGAAGGGCGGGCCCCAGAUGACGGGCCAUUUGUCUGUUCGCUUGUUAGUCGACGAGGAGUUCGAUUCAUCUUCUGUGCGGCACUCUAUUCACAUUGCUGACUGCAUUCCCGGUGCGGUGGCUGUGGAAACCCUUUUGCGAGAUGCAGAGAGCCCGAUCAGUGGCUAUCUUACGGUUUUGCCCUCUGAAGCAUCACCCAUCUCUUGGAAAGUCACAGCGACGUUGGCUCCGAGCCCCCAGUCCAGACCAACAAUCGCCAGUCGUGAGAUUAUUGGCCGUUGCAUCUCACGAUUCCUAUCCCUGGGCCCUGUAAAGCGAGUUGGCGCCCUUGUGGAGAAGGAGUUUUACCCCUUUCUCUUCUGGAAAGACGCACAGUUCUCCUUUUCAGACCCUCUUCCGUGGUGGUGGCAUGUGCAUGUUUACCAGCCAUUGCGCGAGAUCUGGACGCUCAUGAAGCAAGUACGAGGGGCUGGUCUGGCGGCAGGGUGUCACAAUUAA